AUGGCGAACGCAAAUGAAGAAACUUCGUUAUUGAGUACAGCCACAGACAGCAGACUCCCUGAAGAAGAAUCUGUAUCGCAGCGCACAUCUUAUUACUCGAUCGAGAAUCGCCGUAUGCUGUAUACAAUUGCGUCCCUCUGCGUCGUCCUUUUGAUCUUCGAUCUAUCUAACUACAUAGCAGUAGUGCCACAGACAGCUAUCUAUGAAGAAAUUGUUUGUCGUGGUUAUUAUUCCUCGGAAAAAUUGGCACUGGGAAAUCCCAGCGGUGAUAAAUGCAAAGUCGAACCGAUCCAGAGCGAGGUGGCUCUAAUCAGUGGCUGGAGGGACACAUUUGACACCAUCCCAGAAAACGGCCCUCCUUGGAGCGGUUGGCUGUUUGCUCAGCGAUGUCUGGGUGAGAAUUGCUUGUUCCCACAUAUCCUUCCUCUCCGCUUUAUGUGGUUCUCAGGAGCUUUUCAACUCAUUGGGGGAGGUGCUACAAGCGUGGCGUCCAUGAUUUAUGUGAUGGCAGUGGAUGUGUGUCCUCCUGAGCAUAGGACGACAGCCUUCUCGCAAAUUACUGCAGCUGCUUUAAUAUCAGAAUUUCUCUCUGUCCAACUCAGCGCAUGGUUGAUGUCAAUAAGUCCCUGGAUCCCGUACCUAGGAUCAUCUUCAAUAUUUACGAUUGGACUAAUAUCGCUUAUCGUCCUGAUUCCCGAGACAUACAUCCCGAAAAGCGAGUCUUUGAUAGUAGACACGAGUACUGAAGAGGAGAAUUUGACUUCUGCACUCGGUCGCCCCAGUUGGAUAGUUCGAUUAGCCUCUCGCAUUGGCCAGCUGAAGAACAUGCUGGGAGCAAUUUUUAUCUGGAUGAGACGAAAUGUUCCAGCCAUGUUGAUCAUAUCUUCCUUCUUCAUUGCUAAUAUCGGAAAGCAAACAUCAGUUAUCUUACUACAAUACAUUACACAGAAAUUUCACUGGACGUUUGCGCAGCAUAAUAAGGCGGCAUUCGUUAUAUCUCUUCGAGCAGCUGGAAACUUGCUCGUCCUUACAAUCUUACUUCCUACUCUAUCAGAGUUCCUAGCUAGAAGGGCACACUUGGAUCGAGCAGCAAAGGACAAACGCCUCUCUCAAAUCAGCGUAGUCACAGUCAUCUUAGGUUAUCUUUUAAUCUUUGUUGCCGACUCGCCUGUAGAACUCUCUGCCGAAGUCAUCCUCUCUGCGCUCGUGUCCGCAUUUACGGUAACCGCAAGAAGUACUCUGUCUAGCUUGGUUGAUCAGAAAUAUCUAGCAACGGUAUAUAUAGGUCUUUCCGUCAUGGCUUAUAGCGGUAUAGUUGCUGGGGGGCCCUUGCUGGCCAGUUCCUUUCGCUGGGGGAUGAAACUUGGAGGCUUCUGGAUAGGAUUGCCUUUCAUUGUCGCUGCUGGUCUCUAUGUGGUCAUUCUUCUCGUGAUAUCAAUGACCAGAAUGUCAUGA